GCAGACUCUGGGCUGGUCCUGACGGGCUGGCUGGGCUCCGGGCGGAUGGCUGUGCGCUUCAGACGGUCUUGGGGGAGACUACCACCAACACUCAGCGUCUCCUGGAGUGCUUAGAGACAAUUACAAUUAAAAUAAAAAGCAGAAGAGACGCGAGGAUAACUGCGAGGAAAGGACAGGCACAUUAUAGCCCCACCUCGACAUCUGGAAAAGCACAGAAGAAGGAGACGAUCCUCCCCCUUUACCCCAUACCCCGUCGCCAACCCGCCCUACCCUACCCACCACUUCGUGCCAUCCCUCUGGUCUGAUCUGCCCUCCCACCCCGCCAGGAGGACCACGUCCAUCCACAGGAACCCCCCACUUGACCAGCGUUGCCAUCAAGCGAUGCGCUUUGAAUUUAAGGAGAAAUCCCCUAUCCGUUUUUGAUGCACAACACAACCAGUGGCUUCAUUUUUUUUUCCUCAGCGGGAAGACUUAAGGUUACGGAUUAGGGUGUUUACACUUUUUGACGGGUUUCCAGUGGCUUGAUAACAUGAAGAAUAGAUCAUUCCACGGCAACAGACAAGACUGUCAUUCCAUAUAUUAGUCUGUAUUUGAACAACCAGCUGUCACAUACGCUGCGUUUGAGCUUAUGUAUAUUUUUUCCCCAUGCUUAAAAAUCUAACCUGACAAUGGUCUUGGAACGGAUCGCCUCUACAGACACCUAGACAUAUUUUUUCAAGACGUAUCAGCUCUAUAAUUUCGUGUUUACCGAAGGAAAAAGCGACACAUUGACGAGGAGUCAUUUGACACCGACGCUGCCAUAGGACUUUGCGUGCGAAGUUUGCACCGGGAAGAGGGGGGCCAAGUCGGAGAUAUCUCGGGCAUUUCCACGGUAUUUUCACUGUAAGGUGGGAGGUCAGCGGGUUGUGGUCAUGCUGUCCCUGGAUGAGCCCCUGGACCUGAAGCUCCCUCGGCGGAUAAAUGGGCGGGACAGAGGGGCCCGUUCACCACCCCACUCUCUGCUGCACCCCAAGAGAGCUCGUCAGCUCCGCAUGGCAGAUGAUGGAACCGCAGUCAUAGAGCCUGCUUCACCAGGAUCUCCACACUCAGGUGUGCAGGUGGUCCCUCAUGAUCGGACAGACACCCCCACCCCCCCUGCUGUGGACCUGAGCAUGUCGCCCUCUUGCCGCCACACCCCCAGCUCUCCAGAAAUGACCAACGGCAACUACUUCCCCUCAGGGAAUUCUCACAUGUCACAGGCCUUUCAGUUUUUCAUGCCAAUUGGAGCUGGGGGGGGACUUCACCUGCCGUCCUCCAUGUUUAUCAGCCAGACAAACGACAAGAGAGCGUCUCCUGACCUCUCAGCAGAUGAACAACUGGCCUGCCACUGGAAGAAGUGCCAUCUGCUCUUCGACUCCCUGCAAGACCUGGUUGACCAUGUAAACGACUUCCAUGUCAAGCCCGAGAAGGAUUCUGGAUACUGCUGCCACUGGGAGGGCUGUGCUCGCAAAGGGAGGGGUUUCAAUGCACGGUACAAGAUGCUCAUCCACAUCCGCACACACACUAAUGAGAAGCCCCAUCGCUGUCCCACCUGCAACAAGAGCUUCUCCCGCCUGGAGAACCUCAAGAUACACAAUCGGUCACACACAGGUGAAAAACCCUACAUCUGUCCUUAUGAGGGUUGCAACAAGCGCUACUCCAACUCCAGCGACCGCUUCAAGCACACACGCACACACUAUGUGGACAAGCCCUACUACUGCAAGAUGGUGGGCUGCCUGAAGCGCUACACAGACCCCAGCUCACUCCGCAAGCACAUCAAGGCCCAUGGUCAUUAUGUAGCCCAGGACCAGGGCUCCCCAGGUGGGGUGGGCUCCCUGCUGAGGGGGAGUCAAAGUAGAGUGCUUUCUGGCGAAGGGCGGAGGGAUUCCGAGCUGUCUUUUGUGAGUGCAGCCCACAUUAUCAUCCCAGGGGCAGCGGCUGCUUUCCUGGGAGGCCAUGCUCUGCAGGGUCUGGGGGGGGGGCUAGCCAUGUCCUCCCUCAGUUCUCGGCCCCUGGACCUUAGCGCACUGGGCUGCCCCGGCUCCUCUCCAGGCACCUCCAUUCUGUUCAACGGCUCCCAUCUGGGCCUCAGCAAAUCUCAUCUGCUCUCCACAGCGUUCUCCUCUUCGUCCCUGGGCUUGUCUAUGAUGCCAAUGCUGGGGGCCUCGUCUGAGCGAAGGGUCCUGAGCCAACAGGCCAAGAGAGGACGGGGGGAGGAGGCUGAGAACGAGGUGACUGGUGGGGUCCUCAACCUCUCCACGGGAUCCCAUGAUCCUCUGUCCUGGGUGGUCAUCCCCCCAGGCACCGUGGUGCUGAAGCCAGCUGUGGUCAACUGAUACACACACGCACACACACAUUCCAGAAGAGCUCAGGGGGGUGGGAUGGGAGGGUGAACGCCACAGUGAGGGUACAGGCGGUCAAAGGUGACAGGGAUUGGCUUGCACAAUCAUAUCCAAUGCAUUUCAGUGAGGUUGGAAGAGGAGAAAGCUAUAGAGAUACUCAUCAAAUCCUCAAUCAGCAGAACAUAACACUGCACCUCAUAAAUAACAAGUAUACAACGCAAGCCUCUUGUUUUGAUGGGAAAAUAAACUUGGGGCCCAAGAACUCUGUUCAGGAACAUGUAUGGCUCUGUAUUUCUAUCACAAGGCCUGACAAUGGGCUCCUCUUAGCCCUCUUAUUUUAUACUUUCUGCAUUCCUAUUUCCUGAACGUGACAGUCUUAGUGCUCUGUGUUCUUAAAAAGGUCCUGAUUCAUUCAUAUGUAUUUAUAUGGCUGUACUUGAUCGACAGUGUGCCUCCAGUCUAGCAGUAAGAUGGAUACACCAUAAAACUGAAUGAUGCACUCACAGUUAGAUAAACGUGCACUUAGGACGAUUCUUCACAGUUGAUUUUUAAGUAUUGACCUAUUUUUCACAGGCUUGCUGUGAUUAAUAUGAUUCAGACAGGCUUGCUGUGAUUAAUAUGAUUCAGACAGGCUUGCCAAACCAAAGCAAGUGAACUCAAACAGUCUUGGAUUUGUAGUUUCAGCUCAAUUAAAGACAGCACUUAAUAGUGUCACCUGGUAAUAGUAUUGAAACCUCAAAUCUGCUGCUAAGCUUUCAGCUCCUCCAGUGUAACAUAUACUGGGAGAGAGCACUAAUGACAAUCUAUCCCCAGUUUGGGGAGGGUGACCAACAUGGACCAGCCUAGUCCAGGUGUACCGACUAGGGGCUUCUACGACAUAGAGCCACAGAGGACUUAACACAGACAAAUGGUGUUGCAUCACCUGACAAUGACCAAGUGAAAUUCAAGACACUGGUGUGUCUGGCUCCUCCUUCUGGUAGGACACGAUACGCAACAUCCCGCUUUCCAUUUACAGAGCUAUUCCUGUUUUUACUUCUGGAUUGUCCAGCUGCUUUCCCGUAAUUGAAUCAACACGGCCAGAUUGUGUAUGAAAGGGCCAGUGUGGCGAUAAACACUAGUGUCUUGUUUUGCUUAAAAGUGACUCGACCUAAAACCAGCUGUGAAAAACAGGUGGUUGCCAAUUUAAAAGCCCAACUUGUUGGUUGACGUUUUGUCAGAAGUUCAACAAGUCCGAUGCUGUGCCAAAAAUACCUGGAGAGGGGGAAAGGGAUUUUACGUAUUGUGCCAGAGAAGGGGGUGUGAUGCACUCAAUGCCACAUACAGCUUGACUGACUAGGAAGCCACACUAUUGCAAACUGCCUCAUAUACUCUGCCCAAAGCGGCAUAAAAAGAAGACUAAUUCGAUGUUUGGGAAAAACUUUUCUCAUGGUUCGAUUAAGCAGUCAACACGCACUUACCACACACAAUAUUCCUUACCUGUUUAUGAAAUGUUACUGCCAAUUCAUGGUUCUUUAAAAGCUAGUUUGCUCUUUUUCAAUUAGUCUACAAGGGUAAAUUCUGCUGUGGAGUCUUUCCAGGCUUUGGAUCCUCAGUGUUUAUGCAUGUAGGAUGUGGAAUCCACAGGGUGGAGGUAGGGAAGCAGGAGAGGAUCAUCACAACACAAGGAACAUUCCCUCAAGAGACUGUCACACCCUCCUCUCUCCUUCCCCGUCUCCAUCACUGCUUAUGUUGGUGGUUUUACUUUUCGAUCGCCUAUUCCUACAAGUAAUCCGUUAUUGCUGUUUUACAUUGUUGUCAUUCUACACUUUUUGUUUGGUUAUGUUCCGACGAGACAUUUUUUUCUGAUGUUGAACUUGCUUCUUGUGUUGUGUGACAGCUGCUCUGCGCUCAGCUUUCUGCUGCCAAGUGUUUUUGAAGGGUGGAGGAGAGGACAUGAGGAGAGGUUAGGGAUUUCUUCUAGAACAGUGGUUACCAAUCCGGAGGGAUUUAGGAUCAAUCUGGAUCAGAUGAUGACCACAUUGAUAUAAGGAAGAGGUCAUUUUUGCUUUUUAACUACGCUAGCAAUGUUGCUCUUUGGAUGGCAUGGAGGGCCAAUCCAACUCUACGGCCCAGAACGAAAAAUCUCAACAAGUAUGGGAUGGAUUGCCAUGCAGUUCUGUACAGUAUUCCUUGCACAUUGUCAUUGUUAGCGUGUUACAUUGGCGAUUAUAGUAUUAAUGGCUCGAGGCAUACGGCUGCACAGAGCUAUCUGCUGGCAUGGCUUUAGUAGUAACUGUUAGUCUCGUUUCCUGUGAAAUACUAAUCAUGGCUUGCUAUUCAGGGAAGAUAACAACAAAUGUGAAAUAGAGAAAAUAACUCACAACCAUAUCCAAACUGAGGCCAUUAUUAGAAGCCAUACAUCCAAAUAGUGUUCCUAUGUUUUAAGGAAUCACAAGCCAAAAAGUUUGGAAACCACUGCUCUAGGGGUAAAAUAUAGUAGACCAAAUAAUACCACAUUCCUCCAUGACAAUCACAUUAGAGUACAGGGGAUGACUUAGAUUACUUAGAUAGGGACCAAAUAUAUGUCUGUAUGAAGUGUCCUAACAACAUUAUCUGCUGGGCUGAAUUAGAUAACCAUGCUUCCUUUGUUCUGACUUUUAAUUUUCCACUGUUAGAUAAAAGGAAACCAUAGAGAAUUAACAUCCAACAGCGAAAUGGCGGGCAGUGCUGGGAAAGCGUGAGAGCAAAGAGAGACAGGAUUGGCUGAAUGAAUGGACAAGGGAAAGCGAGAGAUGAGGGAAGGGACUGAGUGCCAGCGGAGGAAAAGAGGCAGAGGAUACUUUGCUGUGCAGCCGCCCUCCAUCUGGCCACCUAGCAAGCAAACGGCCCUCUCAGCUCUGAAGUCACUGGCUGUGCUGUGCCCAAUGUGGCAGAGACUCACAGGCAUACCAGCCCGUAGAACACUAGGCCACUGAACUCUUUCUGCCCUCUGGGUUUUUUCUUUUUUUAUAGAUUAAAACCCAAACACUCAACUCCCCCACCUCCUGGCCACAAAGCAUUUUAGCAGAGAUGAGGAAAACAGGCAGACUAACAAGCUGCAUUCACAGUAAACAAAAACAAAUAUAACCCCUCGCUAUCUGAGGACAAGCUCUGUGUUGACCCUCCCACAGGCCUGCACGGAUUCACAAACAUACCUAUGUUUCUGCCUCAGUAAUUCUUAGUCAUCUUUAUCUCAGACAGCCCCUCCACUCUAUCACACACACACAGCCUGUCUCUGGCUUCAGGCUGGGCACUGAAGUGAAUCUCUCGUUGCGAGUGGACAAUCCUGUCAUGUGAUGUCAUCAGAAACAGGUGUUAAGUAGGCUAGACAUGGUUUCCGUGGCAACAGUGAAACCCACAGAUGCGGCGGCUCUCCUCCUCCCUGUCUGUCUCUCCUCUGCAGGUCGAAGCCGGGGACAGAGAGAAAGAGGCGGCAGAAAGCUGAAUAAUUUGACACGGAUCCUUUCAGGGUCCACAUUUUUUUCAAUAUCAAAUAAGCUGUAUGAUCCAUUAACCCUUUGAGCUCAGUCUGUAUGAACUGCACUUUUGUUCCCCUCAUUUGUAAAGAUGGGGAUGUUGUUACAUCCUUUCUCAGUGUACAGCGUAAUUCAUUAUUCUUUUGGAAACCAAGAAUAAUUGUAAAAAUCAUCCACAGUUGUCACUAUGUCUGAAUUUGAUGUAUUUUUUUUGUUCAUGGUAUAAAAGUGGUACUCACCCCUGGAGAUUUUAAAGUAACCCUCACUUACUGCUAUCAAGAGUGGAAGGGAAAUCCAGGGCACACAAUUUGCGUUAGCUAGCUGAUUCAGUGUCAUUGUAAAGGAGUGCCAUUGACUGAAGUGCCACAGAGUUGCACAAAGGGUUAAUGAUAAGACUAAGGCCACGCAAGGCCUGUUCCAAGUUAUGUUUUUUGCACAUUUGUGAGAUAUGUCAGUAUUUUAAUUUUUCCAAGUGCCUUUUUAUUAUAGGUAAGAUAUAGAAGUUAUACACUAUAUGAAAAAUGAUUAUAUGAAAAUAUAUAUUUUCCUGGCAUCAUGUUCUGUGGUUGAACAUGAAGAAUUUUAGAGUUGUAAAAGUCUCCAAUUGGUACAACAUAGCAGUGUUCUCCUGUUUUAGAGGAAUUUUAUUACGAUAUUGAUAAUAAUGUCAAUGAAAAGAAAAUGUUUAAUAAAGUUGUAUUUGAUACAA